AUGAAAGAACAUCCAGUCGGCGGCUCUUCGAAAACUGGAAGAUCCCUUAAUGAUCAUUUCAGUGGAACGGUACCGGUGGUCCGGCACGACAGCGACUGGAGCAAAAGAGAUGAGGAGGCUCGCUCAAAAACCGAGCCAGUCGGUCAAGGCCCCGCGGCAAGUAGCCAACAGUCGCGCGGUCGAAAACUAAUCUAUCCCACACCUCGGCCAGCAGCCAGCUUGGGGAAAAACAAAAUUCGAAAUAGCCUGCUAAACAACGCUUUUAAUGCGGCGCCGCUGCUUCUAAGAGCCGGCCUCCGCGAGGGCCGUUCCAGUCUACCGAAGUCGGACCACCUGCUGAUCGAGAAUUACCUGAAACUGAUGUACCUCCGGGCUGACCCCGAGGAAUUGCAAAACGGCGCGGCACGCCACUCCGAUGAUCCGCAACAUAUGAUCACGCCGGAUCGUUGGCGGAAUCGAGAAAAUAAGGAACUCGUUAUUCGACUGCCGUGUAACGUCCAUUCUGCAACUAUGUUGCUCGUCGGAAGAGUAAUCUUGAGCGAAGAAUCGGUUGAACCAGUCACUGUGGCUUCGUACAGGAGAAGACAUCAGCUCGCGGAGGAGGUGCCAGGACUCUAUAUUCGGCGCCUCACGCUCGAGGACCCCAGGAACGCGCGGGAACCCUCGAGUUCAAGGUCACAGUCACCGACACGCCAUAUCUGUCAUCCUACCGCCGGUUACGUACCCUCCUCCAGGAGAUCUUCGAGUUAUAGAUCCUGGCUGGAGAGGAUCCGUAAGGACAGGCCGCCGUUCCUGACGAUCGUUUCGUUGGAGCUUCCAGAAUGUCCAAUUCCGUUGAUCGAAUCACAGGCGAACUCACGCUCGAAGUCCGAUGAGACGAGUGAGUCCGCCGAAUCCAAGGACGACGUCCUGGACGAGCUUCUGGGGAAGGUCACGGCGAACAGCGACAGGAGAAAGAAGGAAUCUGACAGUGGAAGGAAGAGGUCCUCGAGGAAGUCCCGGAGCGGACGCAAAAGGGGCGAAGAGCUCGUGGAAUGUACGAAAGGAGUUCCAACCCUCGAAGAAUGCACGAAGAACAUUGUCGAAGGACCUAACCGUCGACGGUUGCCGGAUCUCGAUCUCCGAAACAUCGCAGACUGCAUCUGUUCCGACAUAUUAGAAAAUUGUCGCACGAAUGUCAGUAGAGAGAGCGAAUCGCGUGAGACGCGAUCUCCGAGUCCAGAAAUGACUCACAUUAUUCGGAUCGCGAUGAACUAUCACGAUCAGUUGAACUGCGGAAUUAAAGAGAAUGAAGAACUGGGAGAACGCGAAAAAUCAAGACCAGGAAUCGGUAAAAAGGACGCUCAAGUUAAAAAGGAGGUGUUCAAGGAAGACGAUUGUUGUGACGAUGUGAACGAUGCUUUAGAUUUUACGCUGAAUUGCUGCAGCGUGCAACUGACGUCCCGUGGCACAAGCGCCAAGACUGGAGCGGGUGGUGGAACGCAACAGGGAUCGGAAACGCGGACUUACUCAGCGCGGGUUUUCCAUAAAUCCUUUUAUCCAUAAAUUUUAACGAGCUCCGUGUAUCCAUGGAAUGCAUGAUAUUCAUACUACUACGAUUUCCCAUCAAUUACAUCAUAGUUAUGAGGUUUCUGUUCAUAAAAGCAAAUUUUAUUGCUUACUUUUGUUUGACUUAGUAACUACAUAUAAUAAUUAUUUAGCGAAUGUAUAUUUUUAAAUUAUGUUGAAUAUAUUACAUGUAAUUUUAUUGUAGAUUUCGUUUCUCUAAAUAUAAAACAAUUUUUAAAUGAUCGAACAUUAUCUUUGAGGAUUUUAUGCGCUAUUUUAUUAUAGGUAUUGUAUUAUAGUAGUCCAUUAUUUCAACUACAGGAUGUAAAAAAGAAAUAGAUAUUACUCAUUUAAAGUUCUCAUUAUGUAUUUAAUAUCUAAGAACAUUAGACGACAUGAAUAGUAUCGUUUAAAAAUUAAUCUCAGAUACUUAUAUGUUUCAUAGAAGUUCAUUGCCUAUAUAUUGUGUUAUAAUU